GCCCAGUGCGGCCGUCAGGGAUGGCGGCGUCCAGUGGGGCUGAGUCGGGUGGAGGUGGCGGAGGGGAAAGUGGCAUUGAGGCGUCCAGAGCAGCAAAGAUCCUAACUGUUGGAACCCCGCGCCGCGUCGGGGCGUGACAGUCGUCUGCGAGAAGCCGAGCUCAGUUGCCAUCCUCUUCUUCCGUAAGCUGCCACCAUGACCCUGACGAAAGGUUCCUUUACCUACUCCAGUGGGGAGGAAUACCGCGGCGAGUGGAAGGAGGGCCGGAGACAUGGUUUUGGUCAACUGAUGUUUGCAGAUGGUGGCACCUACCUGGGCCACUUUGAGAAUGGGCUUUUUAAUGGCUUUGGAGUACUGACCUUCUCAGAUGGCUCAAGGUAUGAGGGGGAGUUUUCCCAGGGCAAGUUCAAUGGCGUCGGAGUCUUCAUUCGAUAUGACAACAUGACCUUUGAGGGGGAAUUUAAAAAUGGCAGAGUCGAUGGUUUUGGCUUGCUGACUUUCCCGGAUGGUUCUCAUGGAAUACCCCGAAAUGAAGGUCUGUUUGAGAACAACAAACUGCUGAGGCGUGAGAAGUGUCCCGCUGUGGUUCAGCGGGCUCAGAGCGCCUCCAAGUCAGCCAGGAACCUCACUGCCUGACGGAGCUAUGGGCGCAGCUGGAAAGUAUCUGCAAAGCAGUGGUGUCCCUUGUAUACGUGCGUGCAAGGCGAACAAAUGAACUGGAUAUGAGACGAGAAUGACUGAAUGGCCUGCGGGGUGCUUCGUCACCUGCCAUUCAGGAGUUCAGUCACAGAAAAGUGCGGAGGAUUUGGCCCCCGGACCCUGGGCAGUUAUGCCCUUCCCUGGCCCCGAUGUGCUCAAGAACAGGGCCUACCCUCUUUUCCUUCCUGUUAUGCCCAAGACCUUGGGUCACCCAGUGCUGCGGCCUUCUCUGUAUCUGCUGUCAGACCAUAGAGAAUCUCUUCAUUCUCCCCAUCCUGAUGGCAGGUAAUCUGAGUCUCGACUCAGGACCAGCCCUGUGUGCUACCGUUGGAUAAAUCAGGAAGAUGGGUGACUUAGACCACAGCAGUCUGUGUCUUCUCAUCCCUCCUCAGUGUAAGACUGUGGUUUUCUUCUCCCUCAGCUUUACCUGAGUCUUCCUUACCCGAGUUGCAGCAGACAUCCCAAACCCUAUCUGUGCCUCUCUCUUCUGUUAGACGUCAGACAGGAUCCCUUUAUAGACUAGCCAAGUAAUACACUCGUGUAAAAGUAACUUAUGACCUGCAUUCAUUACUCACUCCAGGGCAAAGGGCAGACCUAUCCAGGCCUUCUAUGGAAUGACCUGAAAUCCCAGGGAAGGCUUGCACUGAGAGUUCCUUCCCAGUGUACCCUUGGAUCAGACUCACUGUCCCUUGGGUGUUUGAAGGCUUGGAUCCAUCCUGGUGUGAACUGUCUAGCAUGGGCUCCUCCAUUUGACUUGUGUCUCUGGAAGCAAGAGUCUUGGCCCUCAGGCCUGGGACAGAUCUUUCUGCCAAAAUCAUCACAAGGUCUCCAGUUAGCCUAGGUCCCAGCUCCAGCCCCAGCCCAGGCCCAGCCCCAGGCCCCAUCCUCAAAUCUCUCUCAACAGCAGACUGUGGUGGAAAUUAUAGCUGUGUGCCUCUAUUUAUCAUCUGAACUGUACUGUAGAAACAAGUGUUUAUAGGAAUAAACCAGUCACCAGAACUGCCUAU